GCCUGUGAGAUGUACCAACACCUCCAAAACACACCUGAUGAAACUUACCUCCAGUUAAGCACCAUGUUAGAGAGACACCGCAUCCGGUCCCUGACCAGCUUGACUAAACACGACGACCCUACAACGAUGCAAACUCUCCUCUAUGCUCAGGUGACUCACUUCAUAAGAAACAACCCCACACUCCAGGGGGGCUCCUGCACUCUCUCCGACUUUGAGAUCCAUUGCAAGGCAAAUAACGUUAAAACCAAACAGCUUUCGACAUUCUAUAAGCUCCUAGGAUCUGACCACCACAACACACUACCAAAAUUCACAGACUCAUGGUCCACAGACCUAGGUAUUUAA